CUCCUAUUGGCUGUGAGUUUCCCCGCCCUCCAGGUGGGUGUGAGCUCACUGCGGCGCACGGUGCCGGCUCUUCCCGCUGCAGCCGCCGAGUGACGUCACUCCGGUUCCCAGCACUCCGCGCGCGGCGGACCGUUACCCUCAGGAUGGCGCUCUGUGUGAGGAGACUCCGCGGGGCCCCGGCGCUGGGAAACCGGUGGAGGAAUGGAGCCCGCGGGGCGGGAGGAGCGGCCGGGAGACUGCGGGAGGGGAACCGGUUCCGUGCUGUCACCUGGGAUCCAGAGCUGAGCCCCUGUCCUCGUAUCCCAGCUCCCCACAGACAUCCUUUGCCUUCAGUACGUAGUCUGGUUUUACCACAAGCCAAGCAGGGGGGCUCCCGGAUGCACCCAUCUCAGAGCAAGCAUGUCAAAGCACUGCGACAGCUGCAAGAGAUUUUACAGUACAGUAAAGGACAGUCAUCUACACAACUUAUACCUUAUCAGCCCGGUGCCAAGUCUGUAGAUAUAUGCCCAUUGGGAAGAGAGAGCUGGCAUUUGAGCAGUGCCCAGUUGGACUGUUUCAGAAGUCUGUUUGAACCAGGAGUGUGUCGAACUCCAUACCAGGAUCUGGCAUGCACCUCUCCUGGUAUUCAGAAAGGAGUGCUAGCUUUUCAGCUCAGUAAGAAGGUUGGAGUGAGUCCCUCGCCAGGAGGAAACCAGGAGGACAUGGAGCAGCACUUGGCAAUAAUGCACGCAAAGCUGAGGGAAGAAUUGCCGAUGAUGAUGAAGAGACUGGAUUUUUCUAUAUACAGGAAAGACGUGGAGUUUGUCAGUAGCAUGCUACACAUACACACACGAGGUCUGGUUCUGUACCAGCUGCUUGUGUCACUCUCCCGACUGCUGUUUCUGAGUUAUUUUUCCAAUACCCGUGUCUCUGUCCUGAAGUUGACGACUCACCCAGAAACCUGCAGCAUCCAGGCUCGCUGGUCAGUCUCAGGCCUCCCCCUGCACUCUGUUUUCUUUUACAUUUUCCGCACGGACAAAGCAGAGCUAUACAGUACAUAUGAUGCUCACUCCACCUUUUAUUUGGCUGCUGAUGGUCUGAUACGUCUACAUAAAUUGGAGCAGGUGAUGCCCUCUGCGCCGCUCACACUUCCCAAGAAGACUGUCCUUGCCGCCGCCCUAAUCGCCCUGGGACUUGGAGAGCAUCGCCCGGCAUUAAAUCUUCUAUCUUCCCAAAAAAUAGUCCACAAACUCUGAUAUCUGAUGAUUGGAAGUGUAUGUUUUUCUUUGCACGUUGCUGCUGCUUAGGACAUGUUAUCUAAGCGACCUUCAGUGUAGGAAUUUCCACUUAAAUCUUCUAGCCAGCAAAGGCUUAGGAAUGCCCUCUGCUUCCCGAUCGCUAGGAGCAAAGUAAACUCCUGAUAGUAUUAUCCAGCGGCUAAUAAACACUGACCUAACCAUAUGGGUGGUGGGAGAAAGGAUGCCAUUAAAAUUGGUAAUCAUGGGCCAACAACCUGUACCUGUUGAGCAAGUGGGAGGAGCAGGGGGCUGUGUACCCACCUUACCCACCCCAUUUCCUCUGUACUGGUCACAGUAUUGGAGUGAAUACGAAGGUGUCGGACACGGUGGAGCAUGUAGGACCAAGCUAGGAGAUUAACAUAUAUAUUGCUGUGGGUGCAGAUCCUCAGUAUUUCCCACUAGAUCACUGGGUAAGGGCUGGAUUUACAGCAGGACAUCCUGUAUCUUAUUAAAUUCGUUCCAUGAGCCCCUUCUAAGGUGGAGUUCAUCACCCGCUGGAGAGUCUACAGGAGGAUGCACCUUAACCUGUGGCUUAUUAAGGUUCUUCCCAUCAGCCUUCAUUCUCCUUGUCAUAUUUCAUUCUGUAUGAAACCACUGCUGGAGGCUGGUUAUGAUGUCCCCUGCUGAGAUGCACUGUACGCAUGAAUGUGUAACAUAUACUGUAUAUAAUUAAAUUAUAACAAGUGUCCUACAA